UAUAUAAGUGUAUCUGGGACCCGAUUCGGAUUGGACACGUGGUUCGAGCGCAUCUCGAUUCUGGUCAUUUUGCUGAACUGCAUAACGUUGGGCAUGUAUCAGCCCUGUGUGGACGACACCUGUCUGAAGCCGCGCUGCAAGAUACUGCAGAUCUUCGAUGACAUCAUCUUUGCAUUCUUCGCACUGGAGAUGACGAUCAAAAUGGUGGCCAUGGGCAUGUGUGGCAAGAACACGUAUUUGGCGGACUCGUGGAAUCGACUGGACUUCUUCAUCGUGCUGGCCGGACUGCUCGAGUAUGUGAUGCAUGUGGAGAACCUGAAUUUGACGGCGAUACGCACGAUCAGAGUGCUGCGGCCGCUGCGUGCCAUCAAUCGUAUACCCAGUAUGCGGAUUCUGGUCAUGCUGCUGCUGGACACCCUGCCCAUGCUGGGCAACGUGCUGCUGCUCUGCUUCUUUGUCUUCUUCAUCUUCGGCAUCAUCGGGGUGCAGCUCUGGGAGGGCAUACUGAGGCAGCGCUGCACACUGGAACGACCCGAUGGCAUGAUAUAUCCCAUAACGGGACUACCUGAAGUGUACAGAGUUCGAGUCCGUGUUAACUCCCUAUCGCAAUAUUAUGAAUUCGCCAAGGAUCAGGAUUAUAUAUGCUCCACGCCCGAGGAUUCGGGCAUACUGUGCGGCAAUUUUCCGCCCUAUCGCAUUGGCUCACUCGUUUGCACCGAGGAGGCCAAACUGCUGGAUUUGAAUGAGCCAACGAACACGUCGUGCGUGAAUUGGAAUCAGUAUUACACGACUUGCAAGCAGAGCGGCGAGAAUCCCUUUCAGGGCACCAUAUCCUUUGACAAUAUCGGCAUGGCAUGGGUGGCCAUAUUUCUGGUCAUCUCGCUGGAGGGCUGGACGGACAUUAUGUACUACGUGCAGGACGCGCACAGCUUCUGGGACUGGAUCUACUUCGUUCUGCUAAUUGUGAUUGGCUCGUUCUUCAUGAUCAACCUGUGCCUGGUCGUCAUUGCCACCCAGUUCUCGGAGACGAAGAAGCGCGAGAUGGAGCGAAUGCGUCAGGAGCGUGCCCGAUAUACGUCAACAUCGACGCUGGCGAGCAGCACCAACAACUCGGAGCCGGCCACAUGCUACGCGGAGAUUGUCAAAUACAUAGCCCAUCUGUGGCGCCGCUUCAAGAGACGAAUGUUAAAGAAGUACAGAUUAUAUAAGUAUCAGCGGCAGCAGCGUCGGGAGGGCCUGCUGCCCAAUGCGGACAAUCUGACCUUUUCGCCGUCGCGGAUCAAGUGCCACCAUCCGAACUGCCCCAAGUACAGUAGUCGCAAGCCGCCAAGCAUACAGGAUCAGAUGAUUACCGUUAUGGUGCCGCUCAACUCCAACAACAACAACAAUAGCCACAACAACAGCAACAACAACAGCAGCAGCAACAAUGGCAGCGGCGGUGGAGUCGGCAGUGGAGGCGGCAAUCAUCAUAGCCACAAUCACACCACCGUGGCACUGGUUAACGGCAUCAACGGCAGCACCGCCAGCGUCUCCAUGACCCAGCAACAGCAGCUGAUAGCGCCCAGUGCUGGUGCAGCUGGCGGAGCUGGCGGUGCAACGACCCAGGCGCAGCUGUCGUCGUCGGACAACACGGAACAGUCGCUGGGCGAGGGCAGCGCGGGUGGUUCGGGUGUGGCUCGUCGCAGCUCCUCGCUGAGGAAGCCCACCGCCCACCAUAGCCAGAGCAUACAGCUCAAGCCGGAGAUGGCUGGCGGCGAGCAGAAGACAAUUCUGCUCAAGCUGCCGCAACAGGUCAUCGACUCGGAGCAAUUGAUCCUGCAGUUGGGAAAUUUAGGCAAGAGCCAUCCGUGCACCUCGGGUUUUCUCAGUCCGCCCAGCUCGGCCAGCCGCCGGCCCUCGGUGAUGUUCAAUGAAUACGUGCUGCUGCAUACGCCGCCGGCGCUCAGCGGCGAACCGACGAGCAGUGGCGCCGCCGCCGCCGGUGGCGCUGCUGCUGCUGCCACAGCAACAGCAACAGCUACGGCAACAACAUCAGCAGCAGCAGCAGCAGCGGCAGCGGCAACAACAGCGAUUGCCACAGCCAGCAAUGGCAAUGGCAGCGGCAGCUGCAGCAUCCAAGUUGCGGCCAACAUGGAGAAGAGCAACAUACACUCCACGGAGAAGAUGACGCAGGCGGGCGAUGGCAUCUGGCAGGUGAAUCUACCGCAGACAAUCGGCACCAUUGCCAAUCCCUACGCAGAUUGCUCUGAACUGGGUAUACACGACGCGAUGACUUGUCAAGAGCUGUUAGCAUUCUCUGUGGCCUUUUCAGCGGCAUUGCCUACGGGUCAAAGCACGCUCGAAUCAUUUUACUCGUCGCUGGCCCGCUGCGAUCCCCACACCGCCGAGGCGCUCAAUAAGGUGCAGCAGAAGCGCGCCACAGCCGCAACGACAAGCGCUGCUGCAGCAGCUGCAACAGCUGCAGCUGCUCCUGGCGAUACCCUCGAUGCCGCCGAGCUGCCGGCCGUGCCAGCUACUAUGAGCGUUGAGCUGGCGGCCGUCUCGGCGGCUGUGCCGCUGCCCAUGCCCAUGCCCAUGCCCGAGCCCGUGCCCGUGCCGCAUGCUGAGGCGCAGCUGCAGAGCCGACGCAAAGCGCAGCAUUUGCCGCACAACAACAACAACAAGAACAAGAACAACAAGAACAACAACAAUACCGGCGGCCACAGCCGCAGCCAUGGCCAACGCAGCCAUGGCCAUGGUCAUGGCCAUGGUCAUGGCCAUUUGUCGCGCAGCCACGCCCCCACCGGCAACUAUAUGGAAGAUUAUGCGUGCUGCUACGAUCUCUACCAGAACGCGCUCUCCCCCCUCGACGAGCGACAGCGUCCGCGCUCGGGCGGCCUGCGCCUGAUCAUCGCCGUCUAUCGCUGCCUGAUGCGCGUCUGCAGCUGGAUACGGCGGUACAUCAAGCGUCUGGUGGAGCACAAGUACUUCCAGCAGGGCAUACUGCUGGCCAUACUGAUCAAUACGCUAUCGAUGGGCAUCGAGUAUCACAAUCAGCCCGAGGAGCUAACGGCCAUUGUGGAGACCAGCAAUGUUGUCUUCUCCGGCAUCUUUGCCGUCGAAAUGCUGCUCAAGGUGAUUGCCGAGGGACCCUUUCGCUACAUAGCCAAUGGCUUUAAUGUCUUUGAUGGCAUCAUUGUCAUACUCAGCGCCAUUGAGAUUUGCCAAACAUUUGCGGGCAAUGGCACGGGCGGCGGCGGUUCAGGUUUGUCCGUGCUGCGCACCUUUCGCCUGCUCCGCAUCCUCAAGCUGGUCAGGUUUAUGCCAAAUCUGAGACGUCAAUUAUUUGUCAUGCUGCGCACCAUGGACAAUGUCGCCGUCUUUUUCUCCCUGCUCGUGCUCUUUAUAUUCAUAUUCAGCAUACUCGGCAUGUAUCUGUUUGGCGGUAAGUUUUGUAAAUUUUUGGACGAAUCCGGACUCGAACGCGAAUGCACGUGUCCCGAAAUAAUCAGCCGACAUCCGCAAUGUGAAUGCGAUCGCAAACACUUCAACAACAUUUUGUGGGCGACUGUCACAGUUUUUCAAAUUCUGACGCAAGAGGAUUGGAACGUGGUUCUAUUCAAUGGCAUGGAAAAGACAAGUCAUUGGGCCGCAUUGUACUUUGUGGCUCUAAUGACGUUCGGCAAUUAUGUGCUAUUUAAUUUAUUGGUGGCCAUUUUGGUUGAGGGAUUCAGUUCAGAGCGAAAUGAACGUCGCGAGCGCGAACAACGCGAAUUGGUUAAGAAACUGCGCGAAGAGACAUUGGCCGAAAAUUAUAGCGAUGGUAUGUACGAUGAAUCACGCAGCGAAGCAGAUUCAUCGACCACUAACGAUAGUUACUACGAGGUACGCAAUCGCUGGCGCAGCGCCGAGGAUGUGCGCAAGCAACUGCAAGACUCCGCCGAGCUCAACAUCGAGCCCAAGAGCAACAUCCACCGCCAGCGCCUGCUGCAGCCCAUCCAAGACUACCAGAUCAACGAGAUGCCCGCGCAGGGCGCCAGCGCCUCGGGCCUCGGCAACGCAGCCGGCUCCGGGCUGCUCGCAUCCGAUAAGGAGGCCGGCGGCAAGGCGCACGACGAGGCCAAGCCACGCGGCGGCCUCAAAAAGACAUACUCGAUUAAGGAACGACGCAGCGAGGCGCCACGCCUAACCAAAAUGCGGCUCAUACGCGAUCCACCGCUCAUCACAACAACGGCGGCCACGCCCCAGGACUCACCAAGCACCACCAUGGAGCCGGGCAUGAGCUUUCGCCAAUGGGGCGAAAUGGAGCCAGUGCCUCCAUCGCCGUCGCUGCUGAAGCCCCCGAAUAUUUUCAGCGGAGGUCAGCGCACGCUGGACGAGGGAAUACCGGCCAUAGAUCUCAUACCGCCGUCUCCUGUGCUGGCGCACAAGCCGCUCAACAUACUCAAUGCCAGCCAGCUGCAGGGACAUGUCGGUGCUGUUGGUGGUGCUGGUGGUGCAGGUGGUGGUGCAGGUGGUGGUGCUGGUGCCACAGCAACAGCUGCUGGUAGCGGCGGAGCCAGCGCCAGCAUAUCCAGCGGAAGCAGCAAUCAGCUGGGCAGCAGCAUGCACAGCGUCAUCAUCGAUGACAUCUCUAAGAAUUCCAGCACAACGGCAGCUGCCACGCCCAUCUAUAUGACCAGCAUAUCAUCGACGGCGGCCACACUGCAGCCGCCAACGGAGAGUCGCAGCCACAGCCACAGCCACAGCUUGAAUCUGUCGGACCUAUCGCCGCUGACCGUAUCGCUGACGGGGUCGACUAGCUCGCCGAUGGGUGGAGCGGGCAGUGCUGCCUCCACGAGCGGCAGCUCGUCCAGCGAGCGUCUGCCGCUGGCGCCGCCCGGCGGCAGCUUCAAGCAGCGCUUCCGACGCUCCAGCUCAAAGAAGCGUCCGACUACGCUGCGACCCGACGACAACAUCGGCGCGCCCGACGAGGAGGAUAACCAGCUGAACAGCUCGGCCGCCGUUGCCGCUGCUGUUGAGUUCAGGCAGAAGGACUCGAACCGCCUGAGUCCACAGAACUCGAUGCGCAGGCUCUCGAAUACGCUCAGCAUUGGCAGCGGCCCGGGCAGCCGACGCGCCUCCGCCUGCAUCUUCAACUCGCAGGUCUAUCAGAAUCUGAGUCAGCCGCCCAAGCUAAGGCCCGGUGCCGGGCAGCGACGCAUGAGCUCCAUCGAGCUGGCGUUCAGCAAGACGUCGCAUCUGAAUCUGCACAAUCUGGAGGCGAAUCGCAAGUCGCUGUCGUACACAAACUCCAAGAUCGACCUGGACAAAUGGCAACGAUCCUAUUUGACGCUCAACGAGCCGGACAUGCUGCAACAGUAUAUGGAGGCGCGCGACAAUCGCAAGAACUCCAUCAGCCACUACAAUCUCAAGAAACGCCUCGAGGAGAAGGAGCUGCAACAGCUACAGCAGCUGCACCAGCAGCAAAUGCAACAGCAGCAGCAGCAACCGCAGCUCGACACGCAGUCCCAUACGCAGCUAUCGCCGCAGCAUCUGGCCAAGGAGCUGCAACUGCUGUCGAUGCAACAACAUUCCAUGGUGCCCUGCGGUGGGGGGGAGCACGUCUCAAAGCUGCGGAUGAUCAUACAGCGUCUGACGCCCAAGCAGUUCACUGCCGAGCGUGAGUCCUACUCCAUGUACGUCUUUCCGGAGGAUAACAGGUUCCGGCAGAUCUGCUCGUGGUUCGUGAACCAGAAGUGGUUCGACAAUGUUGUCCUGCUCUUCAUAGCCCUCAACUGCAUAACACUCGCCAUGGAAAGACCAAACAUCCCUCCAAGCAGCACCGAGAGAGUGUUCCUGGCAACGGCCAACUACGUGUUCACAGUCGUCUUCACUAUCGAAAUGUUCAUAAAGGUUGUUGCCACGGGCAUGUUUUAUGGCCCGGAUGCAUAUUUCACAUCCGGCUGGAAUAUAAUGGAUGGAUCUUUGGUUACAAUUUCGAUAAUUGAUUUGUUAAUGUCAUUGAUUAGCGAAUCGAGCCCGAGGAUAUUUGGGAUUUUAAGGGUGUUUCGUCUACUUCGUUCCCUACGGCCGCUGCGUGUGAUCAACCGAGCGCCGGGUCUGAAACUAGUCGUUCAAACGCUCUUAUCGUCCCUGCGUCCCAUUGGGAACAUCGUGCUGAUCUGUUGCACGUUCUUCAUCAUCUUUGGCAUCCUCGGCGUCCAGCUGUUCAAGGGCACCUUCUUCUACUGCGAGGGCGAGAACAUUAAGAACGUGCGAAACGCGGACGAGUGCCGUCGCAUACCCGGCAACGUCUGGACGAAUCGCAAAUACAAUUUCGAUGACCUGGGCAAGGCGCUGAUGUCGCUCUUUGUGCUCAGCUCCCGGGACGGCUGGGUGAACAUAAUGUAUACGGGCCUGGAUGCGGUCGGUGUCGACCAACAGCCGAUUGUCAACUACAACGAAUGGCGUCUACUCUACUUUAUAGCAUUCAUUCUGCUGGUCGGCUUCUUUGUGCUCAACAUGUUCGUUGGCGUUGUCGUCGAGAAUUUCCAUCGCUGUCGCGAGGAGCAGGAGAAGGAGGAGAAAAUCCGACGAGCCGCGAAGCGUGCCCUGCAAAUGGAAAAGAAGCGAAGGCGAAUGCACGAGCCACCCUACUAUACGAACUACUCACCGACCCGGAUGUUUGUCCACAAUGUGGUCACGUCGAAAUACUUUGAUCUGGCUAUCGCCGCCGUAAUUGGCCUGAAUGUGGUCACCAUGGCAAUGGAAUACUACAAGAUGCCGAUGGCCCUGCAGUAUGCGCUGAAGAUCUUUAACUAUUUCUUUACGGCCGUCUUCAUACUGGAGGCAAACAUGAAGCUGGUGGCCCUCGGCUGGCGUUUAUAUCUGAAGGAUCGCUGGAAUCAGCUGGACGUGGGCAUUGUGCUGCUCUCGAUUGUUGGCAUUGUGCUCGAGGAGCUGGAAACGAAAAUAAUACCAAUAAAUCCAACAAUUAUCCGGGUGAUGCGCGUCCUGCGCAUUGCACGCGUCCUCAAGCUACUCAAAAUGGCGAAGGGCAUACGGGCGCUGUUGGAUACGGUGAUGCAGGCCCUGCCGCAGGUUGGCAAUCUGGGCCUGCUCUUCUUUUUGCUAUUCUUCAUAUUCGCAGCGCUGGGCGUGGAGCUGUUCGGGCGACUCGAGUGCUCCGAUGAGAUACCCUGCCAGGGACUCGGCGAGCAUGCGCACUUCGCCAACUUCGGCAUGGCUUUCCUCACAUUGUUUCGCGUAGCGACUGGCGACAACUGGAACGGCAUCAUGAAGGACACGCUGAGGGAUAACUGCGAUGACGCGGCCGAUUGCGUGCGCAAUUGCUGCGUCAGCUCGUUUAUUGCUCCCAUAUUCUUUGUGAUAUUCGUUCUUAUGGCGCAAUUCGUUUUGGUGAACGUCGUCGUGGCUGUUUUGAUGAAACACCUCGAGGAGAGCCACAAGCAAAUGGAAGAUGAGCUCGAUAUGGAGGUGGAGCUGGAGCGGGAGCUGGUACGCGAACAGGAGUUCGCACACGAGCAGAAACUGUGCCAGCAGCUGGCGGAGGCGCAGGCCAAGGUAAUCGCCCCGCCACGCCCAUUGGCAAAAGUUAAAUCGCUGCCCAAGAAUUUCAUCUAUAGCACACCGUCGCUGGAGAAGAAGUUCCCCAGCCCCAGUCUAACCGGCAGCUCGGCAACCAAUCUCAAUCAGACCCAAGCCGGCGCCGGUGCACGUCGUCAGACCGUUCAAUAUUUCAAUCAGCAGCAGCAUCAGCAGCAGCAGCAGCAGCAGGCACUUGGCCUGGGCCUCAGUCUGGCCGAGAUGGGCGGCGCGCUGACGCCUCAGGCGCUGGGCGCACGGCUGGGCGAGCCCUUCGGCGGCGCUGUGACGGCAGCGGCAACAACCGGCAACGAGCACGGCUUGCAACUGCCGCCACUGGGCCGACGCGGGCGACGCGCCUCUGCCGCCGCCGGCUUCCGCAAGCGCGGCGUGCUGUCCAAGGAGCGCUCACUCGACGAGCAGGCCAUCAGGCGACGCAACCUGGAGGCGAAGCGCACCAGCUGCGAUUCGCUGCCCUGGGGCGGCGAUGCGCUCGACUAUCGUCGCGGCACCAUAUUCGAGAGCCUCGAGUCCGAUGGCGGCGGCAACAGUCCCUCCUCCAGCUAUGAUCUGGACGUGCGUAGCAUACGCAGCGCUGAGCUAACGCGUCCGCGUGACCACGAUCUGCCGCUGGCUGUUCUCAGUGCGCCCACGCCCACGCCUACAGCCACGCCCUUGGCUAUUGUAAUGCCGACAACAAUAUCCACAGCCACAGCCACGCCCACGCCCACGCCCACCGUCACACAUCAACAGCGACGUCCCUUCGGCUGGUCGCAGUCCGUGGAUCAGAGCUGCCUGCUGGGCGCCGGCGGACGCAGCAGCCUGCUGCUCUCCGUGCCGCGCUCCAUGCCGCCGCGCAGCCGCAGCGGCAGCGGCAGCACCAAGCAGCUCUUCAAGCAGCAGGCGCUCGACGAGGACGCCGAUCUCGAUGAGAAUUCGCUGCUGCUGCCGGCAAUGCCGCAGCCAGCCGCAGCUGCAACAGCUGCAACAGCUCAGCUCCCCAGCUCCGAUGCCCCAACAGCAGGCGGCAAAGGCAAAGGCAACGCCGACGGCGACGCCGACGCCGACGCUGACGCCGACGUCAAUAGUGUCGACGGCCCGGCGCUCAGUAAAUCCGAUUCGGCGGACAUUAUGCGCAUCAUCAGCGAGCGGCGGCGCAUGGAUCAGCGGGAUCAGUGCGGCAACGAGGACAGCGACUACAACGAGCUGCUGCUCGUCAAAUCGCCGCAGUCCUCAACGGACUAAGCAAUCGCGCCCUCUCUUUCUAACAUACACAAACACACACACACACACUUUGCUUUCAGGCUGGUUUCGUUCGUUUCACUCGCUGGAUUCUAACGAGCUCUUCAACGUUCCAACGUUUCGCUGUGUCUAAAAUGCUGAAAAUAAAAAUACUAAGCCAAAGCGCAUUUAAUCGAUAACGAUAAACGAUAACAAGCAAGAGCGAAACGAGCCUGUUAGGUCACAUAAAUAUACUUAUACAUAUAUAUAUAUAUAUAUAUAUAUAUAUUUAUAAAUAUAUACAGAUGUAUCUUUGCUCUCUUGCAUCAGGCUAGUUUCGUUCGUUUCCAUUCGUUUCACUUGCUAAACUGUAACGAGUGUUUCAACGUUCCAACGUUUCGCUGAAAACAAAAAUACUAAGCCAAAGCGCAUUUAAUCGAUAACGAUAAACGAUAACAAGCAAACAGACAAACAAACGAAACGAGCCUGUUACAUCUUGAAAUAUCUCCCUCGCACACAAACACUCGUAACUGUAGCCUGUGCAAAACUUUACGGAAUUUUCCAAGUGCUCAGUUUGAAGGAAGCAAAACUAAAGCGUUAGCUCAUAGGCGAUAAUGUUAACGAUAACGAUAACGAUUACGAUUACGAUAACGAUAACAUUACUCACUAGCGUUAGGCGUUAACUGUAACUGUAACUGUAACUGUAACUAUAACUAUAACUGUAACUGUAACUGUAACUAUAACUGUAACGAUAACUAUAAUGUUAACCGUAACGAUAACGAUAACGAUAACUACUCAUAGAGCGUUCUCAAUAUGAAAUUGUCAACUGUUUUUAGUGCAAUCUACGGUUUUCAUAAGUUUAGCAAAAUCCAAAUGGUAUCAACAGAAAAAUAAUUGAAAAAACAAAUACUAGAAAUAUACUAAAAGUCGUUGCUUAGAGUGUUUUCCGUUUCAACCAAAGCAGUAAAACCGAAAUACUAAAAAUCCAUGCUGAUUAAUGAUGAUUAUAUACACAAAUAUAUAUAUAUAUAUAUAUAUAUAAAUAUAUAUAUAUACAAGCGUUAUAUACACAGUUAUACACAAACUAUUUAGAGUAUAUAGAGGCGUAUAUAUAUGUAUAUGGAAAUUGUGAACAAAAUAUAUAAAGAAAAAAUCAUCAACUCUGUGAUUAGCUCUUAAAGUUUAAAACAUUUAUGAACAUAUAUGAAUAUAUAAACAUACAUAAGUAUAUAUGAAAGGAAGAGAAAACCCUACAAUAUGCAUACACAAUAUGUAUGUAUGAACACUGGAGUGUGUAUAUAGGAGCAUCUCAUAUAUACACAUGAAUGUUGUAUGGUAUUUUAUGUAGUCUAGUCCAAAAUGAAAAAAAAAAAAAAACCAAAGCUAACAAAUAUUGUUGCAGUAUUCAGUCUAACAAAUACAUACACAAUGAUAAGCAAUAGCAAUUUUAGCUUGUUAAGAUGGUAUAUUAAAUUGAACUUUAAAUAAAAUACCAAAGAAUACCAGACAAAUACGAAAAAUACCAAAUGUUACAUACACGCAGAAAAUACUAAAAAAUACCAAAAAUGCAUUGUUUAUAAAAACGAAUUUACAUAGGUACUUAACACACUCUCACACACACGCACACACACGCACACACACACACACAGACGCGAUGCUCUUUCGGACAAUCUUUCGACUCUCAGCGCGCUCUCUUUCUGGCCUUAACCAAGCGCUAUCUCUCUCUCUCUCUCUCUCUCACAGCUAUCGCUGUCUCGCUCAUUUCAACUAAAAUGUGCCAAAGGAAACUAACACACACAGACACACACAUAAAGUAAGGGUAAUUAGCGUAUUGUUAAAUUUUUGUGUAGUAAAAGUAAACUCAACAAAAAACUUACUUAAUCGAAGGCCCCACUAAAAAUACUAAAGGCAGAGCAGCAGCAGAUGCGACUAUCCAAAAGUUUAUUUUUUAUAUACCAAAACGGGCUAACGGGCUAAAUACCGCAUACUAAAUACAUAGUUGUUUUUUUUUUGUUUUUUUUUUUUAGUAUUAACUGUAGCUAUAAAUGUAGUCAAACUUUAAAUGAUAAUGUCAGGUGGGCGAAAAGUAUAUAAUAUAGUAUUAGCCCGCCAAUAGUUACGAAGUUCAAAGUUCUAAACACACACGAACAACUUUAUGGCGCAGCAUUUAUAACAAGUAGUAGAAAAAUAAUAAGUACAUAUAUAAACAAAAUACUGUAGCAACUGCUCCCUACAAAUAGAGUAUAGAGUAUAGAGCAUAG